AUGUGGGCGGAGCCGAAUCGAACCGUCCGGCAGAAAGAUUCGAACCACAGAUCGAAAUUGAAUGACUGGAACUGCUCCAAGUGCCGCGAAGUAUUCCCCACCAAAACUCUACUUCGGAGACACAGGACGAGCUGCGAUGGCGAAUUCGCCCCUCCCAAGAGAAAAACCUCUUCCAAAAAAAACACGUGGUCUUGCAAAAUCUGCCUGGAGGUGUUCUCUACCAAGAAACUGCUCCAGGUGCACAAGAAGACCCACGUCGCGGAUACCUUCGACGAGGAGGUGCCGUCGUAUCGUUACGACGUUCUCCAGGAACUGUACAUUUGCGCGACUUGCUCGGCUGAGUUUCAAGACACGAAGGAAGCGGAGGACCACAUCCAACUUCACGUCGAGAAGCUGACCUGCAAGUCUUGCGACGCCAUCUUCACGUCGCCUUACGAUUUGGGUAUCCACUCUAUCAAACACGACGACCAAGGCAAGGUCCAGUGUCCCUUGUGCUCUUACACCAGCUACAACACGUACAGUUUCAAAGCGCACGUCAACUACGUCCACCUGAAGAAGUUUCCGUUCUACUGCGCCACCUGCGGCAAGGGGUUUAAGCAGUACAAGGUGUACCAAGAGCACCAGAACACCCACGUGGGCGUCAAACCGUUCGUCUGCGUGGUUUGUUCGAAAGCGUUCUGCUUCCACAAGUACCUCAUCGUGCACCAGGUGCGCAAUCAUCAGGUCGGUACUACCGGAGAUCGCAUCGAGAACGAAUGCAGACGCUGCAAUCGGUACUUUUUCAAAAAGGAAACCCUCGAACAGCACCAGGCGGAAUGUCUACGCAAGAAGAAGGAAAAGAAAGAGAAGAGUCAUCUGUGCGACACGUGCGGUCAGAGCUUCACCGAAAAGGCGAAGCUCGUGGAACACUUGAGGGUGCACGCCGGUGACAACCCGUUCGUGUGCUCGUGGUGCGGCAAGGGAUUUCCGAAACGGGAUUACCUCAAGUGCCACGAGAGAGUGCACACCGGGGAGAAGCCGUACUCCUGCGAGUUCUGCGGCAAGAGGUUCAGUCACCACUCGCCUUUCAGAGUACACAGGAGGACCCAUACUGGCGAGAGACCCUACGUCUGCACGUUUUGUUCGAAGGGGUUCACCACGAAUCAGGGGCUUAAACUCCAUAAAAAGAAUUGUCCUGAGAACCAGUUGAAUAACAUGAUUAAAUAUGGACAGACCGAAUGA